AUGGACGGCACAUAUUCAAUGUCUGCUCCCCUCACGGGACAGCAGUACUACUUCUACAACCCAGACACAGAGCCCAGACAAUACGUCGUCUCCCAUCAAGACAUGUCAACGUAUCACGCUCCGAUGCCCAUGUACCCUCAGCAACAGCCCAUCUUCGCUGCUCACCCACAACUGGCUCCCAAGCUUCCCAUGCACUCUCAGAUGAGCUUGACACCAAUUGCUUCACCACAGCCAACCCACAUGAAGCCUUCGAUCAUGAUCCAACAACAAAAUGGCUCCCCCGCCUUGAUGGCUUUGGACACUCGAUUCGACUUUUACAGCUUUCCUUCGACUCCUCCAUUGUCCUCUGCCGCCAGCAGCAUCAGCAGCCCGCCUUCCACAUGCGGCAUGAUCCACACUCCUGUCAACGGUUCUUUCACUUGUGAGAGCAUGGAAGGCGUCAAAGAAGGCUGUGAAUCAGAAGUCCACGCUGAGAUUCUCGCCAAGCCCGAAUGGGGUCGAUCCAACUCUCCUCCUCUUACUCCAGUAUUUAUCCACCCGCCCUCGCUCACCACCAACUCCGAUCUUCUCUCCGCCAACAUUUCCUGCCCAUCCCUGUCUCCCUCGCCUUCCCCAGUUCCCACGGGUUUACUCACUCCUUCGUUUGAGUCUGCAUGCUCCGACUUUUGCGACCCUCGCCAAUUGACUGUCGAUUCCGCUGUUGCCGCUGCACCCUCAGCCCCUGCGGAACUCCCUCCUCUGCCCACCUUGAGCUCCGGAGACGAGGACGAGCAAAAGUUGUUGCUCAGUGGUGCCAACUUGACUCUUCCAUCCCAUGAAGCCGUCCAGGUGACCUUUUCCAGCUGCGUCGAAGCCACCUUGCCUACUCUGCCACGAUUUGAUUCCUUCUCGGACUUGGAUUCAGACGAGGAGUUUGUGACCGGAAUCGUUGACUUUGCUCCUUCGACCGCCAACUCGUUUUUCCUUGGUGACAAGAGACAACGUGUCGGACCGUACGCGUUGGACGACGACGAGUUCCUCAGCGAGCACAGCUUUGACGACCUGGAUGACGAGGAGCUGUUUAUGCGGUCGGGUUUGCCCACUGUGAUUAUUGAAGAAGCCGAGGACAGCAGUGAUUCAUCUGUGGACAUGAAGACCAAGAAGCGCAGCAGUGCGUCGCGGAAGGCUAUCCAGAAGAAGCCGUCGCUUUCCGACGCUUCGUCGAUUGGCCACCAGGUGCCUGCUGAAAACAACGACAACCAGACACAAGACCAGAGCGGCUCUACACAGAGCAACGGGUCCGGCAACAAUUCCAAGGCAGAAUCUGCUGCUGCCACUCCUGUCUCAGGUAAAUCCGAAUCCUCAUCGGCGCAGGCGCCAGUGAGCCGUCGUGGCCGGAAGCAGUCCUUGACCGAUGACCCAUCCAAAACUUUCGUGUGCACAUUGUGCUCUCGCCGAUUCCGUCGUCAGGAACACUUGAAGCGUCACUACCGCUCUCUACACACCCAGGAUAAGCCAUUCGAGUGCCACGAGUGCGGGAAGAAAUUCUCACGCAGUGACAACUUGGCUCAACAUGCUAGAACACACGGUAAUGGUGCUGUCGUCAUGGGUAUCCUUGACCCUAGCGAAGUGUCUCCUUCUGCCCAAAUGUACGAAGAAGAUGCCGGUGUUUUGGGCACUGUUCUUUACGAGGCUGCCAGUGCCGCUGCCACACAGUCGACCAGCGAGUCAGGAUCUAGCGUUGAGUCUGAUUCUCCCACCUCUGGAGAUCGUCGACUCAGUCUCAAAAAGCGCAAGCGAGAAGAGACUGUUGCAUAA